CAUCCAACACAUGACGUGUUUCGAUAGAACUGUGAAACCUAGAAACGUUUUCAGCGUCUGUUUUGAUCAUCAGACGAUUGCAGCUUUGACAUCAGCUCCUUAUGGUGUCAGAAGAGUCUGACUGUCAGUGUGAUCAAUGGCUCUUUUAACAGAGCUUCAGAGGGGUGGAUAAAGUGAUGAGCUUCCUCUGCCCAACCUGUGGGACGUGUAGAGCGCUGCGUGGGCAGGAAGAGCGGAGAGAAGUAGCAAAGGAUGGGAAGGAGGGUAUGGGGCCUCUGCCAGGGCAUCUCAACGGCUGUGCUUUAUGGCUCCCUGGCUCUAUUCAUCUCCAUUCUCCACAAUGUCUUCUUACUGUAUUAUGUCGAGACCUUUGUGUCUGUUUACAAGAUUGACAAGAUGUCAUUUUGGGUGGGAGAGACUGUGUUUCUGAUAUGGAAUAGCCUGAACGACCCUCUUUUUGGCUGGCUGAGUGACCGCUCAUUCCUGAGCUCUCCUCAGUCUGGGUCCCAGAUCACGUCCCCUGAGGUGGUCCUGAAGCGUCUGCAGGCACUGUCCCGCAGCGGCCCUCUCUUUGCCCUCUCGUUCCUGGCCUUCUGGGUGGCUUGGACCUGGCCUGGACUGCAGUUCCUCAUCUGCCUGUGCCUUUACGAUGGCUUCCUCACGGUGGUCGACCUCAACUACAACGCCCUCCUGGCUGACCUGGCCGUGUCUGCACAUGACCGCACACGCCUCAACUUCCACAGUUCCUUGUUCAGUGCAAUGGGCUCGCUGUCCGUCUUCCUCUCUUACUCCUUCUGGAACAAGGAAAACUUCUACUACUUCAGACUCUUCUGCAUAACUCUAGCCUCUCUCUCAAUGCUGGGCUUUUUUGUGGUUACACGUCUCCUGCGGCACCGGUUUCAGAACGAAGUCCAGCUGCGCAAGCACGAGAGCCAAGCACUCACUGAACUGAGUGUCGGUCAGGCUCCUUUAACCUCACCUGAGACGCCAGUCACUCUUGGGGAAUAUCUAAAGCAGCUAUCCUGCCACAAGAACUUUAUGUGGUUUGUUUCUAUGAACCUUGUACAGGUAUUCCACUGCCAUUUCAACAGCAAUUUCUUUCCUCUGUUUUUGGAGCACCUUCUGUCAGACCGUAUCUCUGCCUCCACAGGCUCCUUUCUGCUGGGCAUUUCUUACAUUGCACCUCAUCUGAACAAUCUCUACUUUUUGACUCUGUGCCAAAGACUGGGUGUCUACCAGGUUGUCCGCGGGCUCUUCCUCUUGAAGCUGGGCCUCAGCGUGGCCAUGCUCUUAGCCGGGGCGGACCACGUGUUUCUGCUCUGCAUCUUUAUUGCUAGUAAUCGCAUCUUCACCGAAGGCACUUGUAAACUUCUGAACCUGGUGAUCACAGACCUAGUGGAUGAAGACUUUGUGAUGAACCGCCGACAACAAGCAGCUUCUGCCCUGCUCUUUGGUAUGGUUGCCUUGGUAACCAAGCCUGGCCAGACCUUUGCCCCUCUCAUUGGUACCUGGCUGCUGUGUCUCUACACAGGAUAUGACAUCUUCGAGAGAAACUCAAUGGCUGAAGCACCAAUUGCAGCUCCUGCGAUCCCUGUGCCACUGCGUCAGGGUUGUUUUUAUCUGCUGGUGUUUGUGCCCAUUUCCUGUGCCCUUCUGCAGCUGCUGACGUGGUCUCGCUUCACUCUGCAUGGACGAAGGCUACAAAACAUCAAGAACCUAAGGCAGGGUGCCCAACACAGCCACCUCAUUGAUGUCAAGGCUAUCUAAUGUUCUUGUAAGCAUGGGAAGAGGAAAGAAAGAUGAGUGGUGGACACUCCCCAAGACCAGGCGUGCUGCCAACAGACCCUGAAUGGAGAAUGGUAAUGCCAAAUACUGCAAGAGACACUAAAGAGACAAUGUAUGGUCCCAUCUUACUGAAACCUGCCUUAUGUUUUUUUUAAACUAUUAUAUUGAGUAUGUGACCAAAAAUGAAUAGACGGUUUAACCAGUCUAGUGGUUUGGGACCUUAUUUAAAAGUACUGCCCCCAAACCUCCUGUUGUGAAGUUUCAGUGUAUAGUUAAAUGGGUUGAUAAUCAAGGCAAAUCGAAUCACAUCUCCCUUGCCUGUAUGUUUCCACUUUAUGUGAAAAAAUACACUGUGUUCUGAGAAAGGGCAUGUUUACAGUAAGUUCAGCAGCGUUCCAGGGAUCUGUGUUUUUUCAUUCUAUAUGGUCAGACUUAGGACUUAUACAUGUCUUAUACAUAUAUGUCUUUGUAAUCUGGCCAGAUGAAGUUGUUUAGUGGCCAGUAACAUCUGUUUUAUAUAACUUUUUGAAAUUAAUUCAGUUACUCAUUGCUAUCAGUGAUUAUUAUUACUGAAAAAGUAUGUAUGUUAUAGUUCACAUGAAAGUAAAUGCAGGCUGUGUGUUGUACUAGCAUG